GGCUCUGGCAACACUGGUUGUAAAGUCAAAAUACGGAAAGAGGGGCCAAGGGACGGAACGGAAGGAAAAUCAUCAUCUAACGAGCCAAGUAGACAAUAUUUUGGGAUUGGUGUUUUUUUAUAAUCUUGCAUUCCUAAUCAAGAACCGCAAUCGCAUUGUAGUAGUCGCGCAAAUUUUAUUGCGUGUUGAUGUGUUCGGAAAAUUCCAAUUUGGUCUAACGCAAAUACAUAGAUUUCUACAAGUGCUUCACAAUGUCCGAGAAUGUGAAUAUCGACCUAUCCGGGGAAAUGAACGCAGCGACUGAAAAGAAAGGAUUUCAUAAGUAUGUGAAUGACAUGGAACUGCUGAUGCAACACAUCCGUAGUGGUGGUGGCCAAGCACUGUUGAUGGGUUUUUUGGCAUCGAGAAGACCCUGGACACAGUUUGUUGCAACAGAAAACUUUAAGGUUCCAGCAUCACUGCCGAGGCUGUCUCGCCGUAUAUACCGAAAUGUGGAAUAUUUCCAAGCCAAUUACUUCAUGGUCUUCCUAGGGCUGUUUUUGUAUUGUCUCAUUACGUCUCCUUUUCUACUUAUAGCAAUGGUUGCUAGCUUCUUUGGCUACAGAAAACUUACUGCUGGCCCAAAUACAUGGAAGAUCGGAAGCUACGAGCUGACGAAAACGCAGCAAUACACAGUCGCAGCAGCGGGGUCGAUGGCUAUCUGCUGGUUCGCCGGCGUCGGGGCUGUGGUCUUCUGGGUUUUAGGUGCAACAGUGACGAUCGUCGCUCUGCACGCCGGCCUGUUCGACGCGGAGUCGCUCCCGCCUCUGGAAGAGGAGCAGUUCCCCAUGAUAGAGCAAGUGUGACAUGACACCUAGCUGUACCGCCUCGCCUCGCCUCGCCUCACACACUCCACUACAUAUUUAACGGAACGCACUCUGUAAAUUAACCGUACACCCUUGUCACAGCAACAAUACCUAUAUUGUUGCAUGUGUGUAUUCAUUUACUAACAUUUCAUAAUACUGUAACUAAAAAACUAGUAGAUGUUAAGCCAUAUUGUUAUCAAAUCAAACUAUGUACAUACUACAAAUUGGAAGAGGCCACCAACUUACCUGUGUAACUUAUAUAAGUAAAGGUAUUUUCACAAACUGUU